AUGUCCAUCGAUGGAUACCGCCUGUGGAGGUCCAGAAGGUCCCGCUUCAUCGCUGCGACCAAGUCCACGCUCUUCACCUUCCCGAGGUCGUUGCUGCCGCAGCAGAUGAGCAGGACAGCCGGGGCGGACCGUCCCCGUAGCAAGCGAAAAAGCCACGGCACCAGGCUGCUCCAGCGGAGUCCUCCGCGGCCAAACCACUGGACUGCCCGAAGUGCACAGAACAUCUUCCAUGACCUAGUGGAAAAGGAUGAUGCCCAGUGCCGCUAUCUACUGACGUAUAAGCUCAGUCAGGAUCACCUUGAGCUUUUCUUCUCCUCAGUUAGAGCACGUGGUGGAUUCAACAACAAUCCCACAACCACACAGUUCACUGCUGCCUACAAACGCCUUCUCGUCAGACAGCAGCCUGGACUCAUGGAUCGCAUCACCAGCCUGGACUCAUGGACCGCAGGACCAGCCUGGACUCAUGGACCGCAGGACCAGCCUGGACUCAUGGACCGCAGGACCAGCCUGGACUCAUGGACCGCAGGACCAGCCUGGACUCAUGGACCGCAGGACCAGCCUGGACUCAUGGACCGCAUCACCAUUCUUUCUAAUCCAGCUGAGCCAAGAGAAGCACUGAUCCUCAACACCUAA